GGUGCUCCGCAUUGCCACCGGGACGUGCUGCGAGCCGGGGCGGAGAGGGGCGCUCCUCUGCCUUCGCGGCCCCCGGACACGUGUGCGUGAAGGAGGCAGCGCUCCCGCCGGCGGGGGCGCCCCGUCUCCGCGGAUCCGCCUUUGCGCCGGAGAUGCUGAGCUGAGAGCGGCGCUUCCCUCGGCCAGGCAGGCAGCGGCAACAGCAGCAGCAGCAGGGUUCGCCCUCUCCGCAGCAUCCAGAGGCCCGGCGGGUCCCCCUCUUCGGAACCGAGCCGGGCAGGGCCGGGACCGGCACAAGGCGGCAGUCGCCGGGCGGGGAGAUCAUGGCCAACCACCGCAAGGAGCGGAACAGCUGGGGCGGGUUUUCGGAAAGGAAUUACGAGUGGAGCUCGGAGGAGGACGACCCCGAGGGCAAGGCCCGCCCGGUGCAAGUGCUCAUUGUCAAGGACGACCACUCCUUUGAGCUGGAUGAAGAGGCCCUCAACCGCAUUUUGCUUUCGGAAGCCAUCCGAGACCGGGAGGUGGUUACCGUCUCUGUGGCUGGGGCUUUCCGGAAGGGCAAGUCGUUCCUGAUGGACUUCAUGCUGAGAUACAUGUACAACAUGGAAAUGGCCGACUGGGUCGGGGACUACAAUGAGCCGCUGACGGGUUUUUCCUGGAGAGGCGGGUCAGAGCGGGAGACAACCGGCAUCCAGAUCUGGAGCGAGGUCUUCCUGGUGGACAAGCCUGACGGGAACAAGGUGGCUGUGUUGCUAAUGGACACACAAGGGACCUUUGACAGCCAGUCAACCUUGCGGGAUUCAGCAACUGUCUUUGCUCUGAGCACCAUGAUCAGCUCUAUCCAGGUGUACAAUUUGUCACAGAACGUGCAGGAAGAUGAUCUGCAGCACUUGCAGCUCUUCACAGAAUAUGGGAGGCUGGCCAUGGAGGAGACAUUCCUGAAGCCCUUUCAGUCCCUCAUAUUCCUUGUUCGGGACUGGAGCUUUCCCUAUGAAUUUUGCUACGGGGCUGACGGUGGAGCCAAGUUUUUGGAAAAGCGGCUGAAAGUCUCUGGGAACCAACACGAAGAGCUGCAGAAUGUCCGGAAGCACAUCCACUCCUGCUUCAGCAACAUCUCCUGCUUCCUCUUACCUCACCCGGGCUUGAAAGUAGCCACCAACCCAAACUUUGAUGGGAAACUGAGAGAAAUAGAUGGUGACUUCAUCAAGAACUUGAAGGUGCUGAUCCCUUGGCUACUCAGCCCCAAGAGUCUGGACGUCAAGGAGAUAAACGGAAACAAGAUCACCUGCCGAGGCCUUGUGGAAUAUUUCAAGGCCUAUAUUAAGAUCUACCAAGGAGAGGAGCUCCCUCAUCCCAAAUCGAUGUUGCAGGCCACGGCAGAAGCCAACAAUCUCGCUGCUGUUGCCACGGCAAAAGAUACUUACAAUAAAAGAAUGGAAGAGGUGUGCGGAGGUGACAAGCCAUUCCUUGCGCCCAGCGACCUGCAGAGCAAACACCUGGAGCUCAAGGAAGAGGCGGUGCGGCAGUUCCGGGGAGUGAAGAAGAUGGGGGGCGAGGAGUUCAGCCGCCGCUACCUCCAGCAGCUGGAGGCUGAGAUAGAUGAGCUCUGUGUCCAGUACAUCAAGCACAACGACAGCAAGAACAUCUUCCACGCCGCCCGCACGCCUGCCACUCUCUUUGUGGUCAUCUUCAUCACCUACGUCAUUGCCGGCAUCACUGGCUUCAUUGGCUUGGACAUCGUAGCCAGCCUGUGCAAUAUGAUUAUGGGGCUGACCCUGAUCACCCUCUGCACCUGGGCAUACAUUCGGUACUCUGGGGAGUACAGGGAACUCGGCGCCGUCAUAGACCAGGUGGCGGCAGCACUCUGGGACCAGGGAAACACGAACGAGGCUUUGUACAAACUUUACAGUGCAGCUGCCACACACAGACAUUUGUAUCAUCACGCUUUUCCCUCAGCACAGAAGACAGAGCCCACUGAAGGCACAGAAAAGAAGACUAUGUAACCCAGAUAUUUUCCACAGAGGUGCAUGAAACACAUCAUUAAAUAUGUUAAAUCAUUUUCCAUCCAUGUACGAGCCUCUCACAUGCCGCAAAACAAAAACAGAGGCAACAGAUAACCCAUUCACUUGUACCAAUGGCUUAAGUGUGGCUGCUUCAAUUUGGACAAUGCCCUGCUUGAAGGAGAAUGAGUCAGCAUGACUCCGUUUUCUUAACACUUAAUUUUGCUGCAGACACAGUAUGUUUGGUGCUCCAGGACUUUAAAGACAGGUUUGGAGCCAGUGAAGGUAGUGGUUGCUUCUGCACACACGCAGGACUUUCCUUUUGUAAUGGUAGCGUCUGCCACCUCUGUGCAUGCAUUCAUAGCCUUCUCUGGAUCCAGGCCCUAGCACCAUCAAUACAGUAGCAGGUUUUCUGAACAGGAAUGCUGCCUAAAUUUAUCCAGGAGGGACCACAUCUUGCAGCAUAUUUCAAUUUGCACACUAAGAUUUUGAUUUGAGACUACUUCCUUCAUCCAGCUGUGAAUGACAGUUUAUUCACCUUAAGGUCUCGGAAGCUGCAAAGAGUGUUUCUUUUGCUAUGGUAUGUUGAAAAGAUGAGAAAUGUUCCUUUUUUUUGUACGUGUACUUGAGACACUGUAUAUAUAUAUUUGUUUAGUGCCUAAAGAGUGUACCAAGUUUUUAUUAUUUUAUUGUCAAUUAAAAGUUUGGUUCUUAAGCUAA